UGUUUAAAUAUAUUACUAUUAUUUGGUAAUAUGAUGUGAACAACCUUGGUAAGUCGUUUCUUUUUAAACUGUUCAUAGAAGUUUCAGAAAAAAAUUAAGAAAAAUCAUUUACAAUUUUGGUUGUCAGCCUGAUAACAGAAGAAACAUUAUUAAUUCUUGUCAGAUGGCAAGCGUACAGGUAAAAGUAAUUUCAGCUUCUAUGUUACAGAGUUAUGGAAACUAAUAACUUUAUUUUCACCCACGCAUUUGUACGCAGUGUCCGCUAAGAUGUAGAUGACAUGUCAUGAAGGUGGAAGUGUUGGCUACUGUUCGGGCGUGUCCGAGCGCGUGUGUCUGGCUUGCAGGCUGAGAGUAGGCGCGGUGAGCCGCAGACGAGCGUAGACAGUGGCGUAGCCGGGUAGAGACUGCCCGGGAGGGGCCGCAGAUGCGGAGACAACGCGACGACAUGCAGGUGAACGUGGCGGGGCUGCGACGCAACAUCAAGAACCUGGCGCACAACUACUCUGAUGCGCAGGUGAAGGUGCGCGAGGCGACCAGCAACGACCCCUGGGGGCCCAGCAGCACCCUCAUGUCGGAGAUAGCCGACCUCACCUACAACGUGGUCGCCUUCACCGAGAUCAUGCAGAUGAUCUGGAAGAGGCUGAACGACCACGGCAAGAACUGGCGGCACGUCUACAAGGCCCUCGUCUUGCUGGAGUACCUCAUCAAGACCGGCACCGAGAAGGUGGCCCAGCAGUGCAAGGAGAACAUCUUCGCCAUCCAGACGCUGAAGGACUUCCAGUACCUGGAGGAGACCAAGGACCAGGGCCUGAACGUGCGCGAGAAGGCCAAGCAGCUGGUGUCGCUGCUCAAGGACGACGAGCGCCUGCGCAACGAGCGUGCCCGCGCGCUCAAGGCCAAGGAGAGGUUCGCGCAGGCCGCCUCCGGCUUCGGCAGCGACGGCAUGGAAGCCACCUCCCCCUCAAGUCCCAGUUUCCCCACCUUCCAGGGCCAGUGGUCGUCGUCCGACUCGGAGCCGCCGUCCAGAGAGCUGGAGACGGCACGGCCGCAGACGGUGGGCGAGGAGGAGCUGCAGCUGCAGCUGGCGCUGGCCAUGUCGCGCGAGGAGGCCGACCAGGAGGAGCAGCGCAGACGCAGCGACGACGUGCGUCUGCAGCUGGCGCUCUCCCAGAGCGAGCAGGAGUUCAAGCACCACCUGCCGGGGCACGCUGAUCUGGAGCGCCCCAGCCACAUGCUGGACCUGCUGGAUGUUGACCUGGGCAGCCCCUCCUCCCAGCCACGCGCCGCGCACGACCCCUGGGGCCUGCCCCAGCGACCACAGAACGACCCGUGGAGCAGCCCGGCCGCGGCGGCCCUGCCCAGCACCCACACGCUGCACACGCUGUCCGCGUCGCCCAUCGUCGACCCGUGGGCGCCCGUGCUGCCGGAGCCACCUCUCCACGCCGCGUCCCCGGACCAGUGGAGGGCCACCAGCCCGCGCACCGCGCCCGCGCAGCUGCCGGCCAGCGACCCCUGGUCACCCAGCACCAACACGGACCACUCCAGCCCGGCCAGCCUGGACGAGUUUGAGGCGCUGGGCAGCCGCGAGCGCCCGCCGCUCGCCGACGCCAACACCCUCAACAACAACGGGGGCGGCCUCACCCCGGAUCCCUUCGACCUCAGCCUGCUGGGGGACGGCCUGGAGGGCCAGCCGAGCGCCAAGAAGACCCCUCACAGCUUCCUCGGGGAGAACUCUGCGCUGGUGAACCUGGAUAACCUGGUGACCGUGAGCGCCCGCCCGGCCCCGGCCGCGCCCGUGCCCGCUGCCGUGCCGCUCGUGCCCACGGCCAACCCGUUCGCGACGGCGGGCGCGGGCGCGGCGGCGACGACGGCGGGCGCGGGCGCGGCGGCGACGACGGCGGGCGCGGCCUUGUUCCAGCCGGCGCCCGCGCGCCCGACGCUCGGCCAGAUGCGCCAGCAGCCGUUCACGUCGGGCGGCCAGGCGGCCGGCGCGUGGGGCGCGCCCCAGCCCAACCCCUUCCUGUCGUGAUGUGCCGCGCGGCGCCGCGCUGCAGUCCGUGCCGCGCCCGUGUGCGACCAGGUGGCCGGCUGGUGAUUCCGUAGUGCCAUUCGACCCGCGCGCGGCGCUGUUCCCUGGUUUACACCUCAGGAGUCCAGUGUUCGUUGGGUGGUUGGGUUCGCAAAGCUACAUUUACACACACACACAUAUAUAUUUCAAUCGAAUUCUUAAAAGUUAUAGUGCUGUGAAAGACAGGUGUAUAAAUUUAAAUUGUUUUAAUUUUUAAUAUCAAGAUAUAUUUUUUUCACAUUCACCCUAAAUAACAAGUCUUUUGGAGGCUAACAUUUUUUUUUUUUGCAGAAAAAAAAAUCAUCUCAAGUAUUUCUAUUCUUAGUAGACUAAAAAAAAACCUAUUUUUGUGUGCUGUUUUGUAUCGAAUGUUCUGAAAUGCCAAACCAAGCAGCAGCCUCGGUUUUCAGGUUUACGAGCCGUAAAUGUGUCAGACAUAUGAAAUAUCGUUGGUAUGGUCAUCAGCUCGCAUAGGCUGUUUUCUGAACUGAUUAUAUUAGAGAUGGGUCUGUUCAGAUUUAAUAGCAACUAGAUCUUGGAGCCAUGGUUUUGGAUUAGGACCUCGCGAAGGUACAUGUUGUAUUGAGUGGUUUGUUGGGGGCGUAGCAUUUCUUAACUUUUGGAAUCGUAAACAGCUGGUAGACAAGCGGUCUGUGGUAAGUAUUAUCUGUGUUGCUUCUAUUCUUUGUGAUCUGUUCCAACAUGUCCAAGAAUAUUUAGCAUGAAUUAUGUAGAAUUUUUACUGUGGAAGGAGUUAUUUUUAAAAUGUUAUUGUAUUUUUAUUUGGAAGCUUCAGGAGCAGGGUAGCUGGCCACGCUACGAAGGAAAAAGGAGGGGGGGGGGGGGGGUGUGUGGAAAGUCCAGGGAACUACCUACACCAACUCUCGCCUGGAGUGGAAGAGGUGGUUUGAGGGGAAGGCGAUAUCCACAAUGAACUCACUCGUUACUUGGUGUAGUGUGAGUCGCAAAUAUUGUAAAAGGAUGCUUACAUAAGUGAUAUUGAAUUUAUAUUUUUUAUGAAAGUGCAAACCUGCUAGGAAUUAAAACUGGGAUCCAGCUAAGAACUGCACUGAAACUGUAAUCACAAAGCAAACCCAUCUCUAAAUUAGUUUUAGUCCUUUAAACUGUCGUGUAUUUUUUAAAGUGUUUUUAGAUACAUGUGAUGGUUUGGUGCUCAUGGCAACGCAACAGUGUUUUGUGCGUGCCGAAUGUUGGAAUGCUUGGGUUCGGAUCUGCCGAACCAUUUUUGUACCGCUGCUUUCAUCCUGCGUUGAUAACAGAAGUGUUGGGUUUGUUGUACGCUGGCUUUCCGGGCCUUGUGCUUCACAUUAAUAGCCAUAACCACGUCAAUGACGUUGCACGGUUGUUCAACAACACUCUGCACUAUCCUUUGUUCACACAAUUGCAAUCCUAUUCCUAUAGGUUUAUUUUAAUUUGUGACAAAAUAAUGUAAUUUCAUUUGAUUCCAAAGUAAAAUUAAUACAGUUUUGUUUGUCUUUUACAAAAAAAUCAUAAUUGAGUAAACAGCACUAAAAUCUUAAAAAGAUGAUUACAAACAUAAAAAUAAAAAAAAUUUAAUAAGUUUUACACAGUCCAGUUGGCUCCGAAAGGUGCACCGCUAUUUUUGAUAAGCUUUUGGACAUUGUUGUGGUUAUGGUGAUUUAUAUUGUAGCACGUCUUCAGUGUAAUUUCCUCAACAUUGUAACUUGGGUUGUGCGAUUGUAACUUUAUUUUACAAAACCAGAGUUGAGCCUUAAUAGCAGUUUUACGGGCACCUUGUCUUGGAGUGCAAACACCAGCCACCUGAGUGACUUGUCACACCCUACUCUUGGAAACAUUGGUGCGCCCGCGGUGUUGGAAGACCGAGUGUUCUGGCGUUGGUCGUCUGCCCAAGGCAAUGGCCCCUCCGAUCCACUCAGUCUGAGCCACGUAGUGACCUGGACUGUAGGAUCCACUCAGUCUGAGCCACGUAGAGACCUGGGCUGUAGGAUCCACUCAGUCUGAGCCACGUAGUGACCUGGGCUGUAGGAUCCACUCAGUCUGAACCACGUAGUGACCUGGACUGUAGGAUUGAGAAUUCACUACAUUGAAUUUUCAUUUGUUUGAGUGCAGGCUUAAAAUAAGUUCUUGGUCGAGCUGCAGUAUUUAUUAAGAAAUGGAAAGGUGCCCUUAUAACUUCGUAACUGUAAGUGAAGAUUUCAUGAACUAAACACUUCAGCACUAAGGUGCUCAUCUCCUGAUGAACGUGAACAGUGGCAUUGUGUGUUUCUGUUCACAGCAAAAUCUUUAAGUAUUCAGUGAUGUGCGAGUAUGUGGCAAUUGCCUGUGCCUUGUGUUAAAGGAUUGUAAAUAUGUAUUUAAGUGUUGUGGAGGGAGUUGGAUUCAUCGUAGUGUUGAUAUUUUUUUAAUUUAUGUAUUAAAAUAAUAGUUUCACUAUCACGACCAGAUGUUUUUUUGUCCUGUUGUGCGCUCUAUUGAGAGCAGACAGUAGCUGGCAUGAUAACAUCUGAAAGAUAAGAUUGAAUUAUAAUUAAACUGAAACCACUUACGUUUUUAACAUCUUCAACAUAUGUCCCCCAAAAGUAGUUUAAAAUGUAAGUUUAAAAAUAACUGACAGAUAGUUCUCGACUGGUCACGGCUGCUCGGACGUUCACUUCCAGCGCUGUGAUUUUCUGUUGAACUUUCAACCAGUUGACUCAUGCAAAAGUGACAAACUUAUGAACGUAACAUUGAUUUUGGUCACUGUAAUUUGCUUGCCUUUUCUGCAUUAAGUCUUUAUUGAGGGAGAGAAUUUCUUUAUUAGUACCAUCAUGUAUUUUGAUUACUGCAGACAUGUCAUCUUAUGCCAUAAUAUCAGUUAUAAUGUACAUGUGUCUCACGAGGCAUGCGUGAAUGCUCUUGUAACUGCAGACAUUGCUUGAAGCAUCUGUACCUGUUUCAGCGAUUCAGUCGUGGCCUGAAAGAAUCAUAUGUCGCGUAAAUGCUAAUUUUAUUGUUGUGCUUUAUAGUUAUUUUUAGAUUUUUGAUGUAUUUUUAGACAAGAAAGUGACUGGUAAAAUUUAAAAUAAUUGCUGCGUGUCCCAUUUAUAGGCUCUGUUAGUGGUAAUCUUUUAUUUGUUUGUGAGGGAAAUAUAAUUUUGAUUUGUGUUGUUGGAAUUUGUGAAAAACAGUUUAAUCAAUUAGUUAUUGUUGGUUUAACGUGAUACAAGGAAAUAAAUACAACAUAAUAUAUUCUCAGAUUCUUUUUAUAAUUUAUUAUGUACUCUGUAUAUUAGCUUUGAUAAAGAAAAAUGUAGUGUUAUGUUGUAUAUUAUAUGUAAGUUUGUAUAUUGUACAUAGUUGGUAGGUAAUUUUUGUUAUAGUGAGAAAUAUAAUGGUUCUUGUGUAUUUCUAAAGUGCUUCUUGAUAGAUAAAGUGAGUAAACUCUGGUUGUGUCAAAUGUAACUCUUUUUUAGAAUAUAAUCCAGCUCUCUUGUAAUGUCAUUUGAAUUUUCUACACCGUUGUGAUUUGCUUUGGAACUGUCGCACACAACACUGACUGUGACGCGAGAGACGUCCGUCCAUCCGUCCGCUUGGCAACACCAAUGUUCUCCCUCCCCGCGCCGUGACGGUGCGUGACGCGUCGUCGCAACUCCCGAGUGCUGCACUUCACGUGUCUGUUCAACUUGCGACUGUCUGGAUAGUGUUAGUGGUGUAUGUUUGGUAAAUUAAUUGGUGGGUGAAGUUACAAUGUAAAAGUACAAUAUAUUAAAUGAAUGGAAAGAGAA